UGCACGGCAGCUUGUGGACAACAAGGGCCUGUAACACUGACAUCUUGUUUUUAAUUUCAUGCAUUGUUCUUAAAUUUCUAUAACCUGCAGCAAUGGUAUUUCGGACAGUAGUGAAGCAUGCUAAGAAGCACCGUGGCCUCAUCCCCCAGUUCUGCUUCAUCUUGCUGGGAAUGGGCGGGGCAUCUAUGUAUCUGAUCCGAUUGGCUAAAGGACCCCAUGUCACCUGGAACAAGACCAAUAACCCAGAGCCAUGGAAUAAUCUCGAUCCCACAUACCAAUACAAGUUUGUGGCCAUCUCCACCGAUUACAAAAACCUGAAGAAAGAAGGACCCGACUUCUGAAUCCCUCGCUGGUGUCCUCUCAUGAACCAGAGUGGAAAAAUACUAGAAAAUCCUGAUCUAGGGUCAGAUUUCUCCCACUUGACGUCCUCACUGCAGGUGGAAGGUGAAAUGAAUCUUAGAUCAGGACCUGUAACUCUUUAGUGUCUUUGUGCCUGUGUGAUAUUCUCAAAGCAGCUGGUCAUCUGAUAAACUUGACCUGAAUUUCCUGUAAAUAGAGCUGUUGUCAGUGAAUGGAUACAUAUGAAUAUUGAAAAAGUUGAAUAUGUAGUAUUUCUACAUGAUGACACUCAUGCAGGAGAAAUAAAUCAUACAUAUGCACAAACCCUUCAC